CAAACGAAGAAUGUGCGCCGCAGCGGGCGCGAGGACGAUCAAUCAAAUGGCGCGGUCAGUUCGAGGGAGUCGGAGAAUCGACUCACCGCCCGACUGACUGAUUGACUGACGGCAUGAAUGAAUGAAUGCAAGAAUGAAGGAGGCGACGGGAGAAUUCGAGAUGAGACUCGGCGAGUUCUGUGGCGAGCACGGCGCGGGGGAUUUUAUUGAGUUCGGGCAAAAGGUCGUCGAUGCGAGCUCUAGAGGGUUAGGGUCUUCAGAAUUUUAAACCUCCACAGGUGGCUUCGCCUUUUGCGCGAGCGCCGCGGUUAGCAUCGCACAUGACAAGUUGACAUGUCACAGAGCUGCGUAUACGUGUGCUGCGACACAUCAGUGGGAGACAAUCCGGCAAGAGAAUCCUCUGGCUGUGAAGGGCUGGCGCUCGGAUUCGCACUUAAUUGGUGGGCGUCUGGGGGUCGAACGAGCGUGUCGAUGGGGAAGCUUAUGGCUCCGUUUUGUGGAGCGGAUCUCAUCACCAACCACUUGGCAUCUCCUGCACGGGCGAGCGGGCAGAGGCGCUUGCCAAGUUUCUUUCAUUCAUGCAUUCUUUCGGAAGAAAGACGGGAACGUAAAUUUAGGUCAGACAAAACAUCAUCCGAGUUACAUGGUUUUGAGCUACAUGGUUGGUCCGUGUGGAUCAGAGAAGGAGGUGGAGAGCAAUACUGUACUCUAUGGUCGGCAAAGUGUCGGUCGCAUUGACGGUCGAACAAUUGGAAUUCGGUGAAGCCUACAGCAGAUUCGCCCCACCUUUUCUCUGAGCAUAAUAAUACUGUUGAAGAUUUUGGUCGCUUUCUACCCACUGAAUUACUGCCUUGCUUCUCGACAACUCUUCUCCUACGACCGCAUGAGUGCAAGAUUCUUGGAAGGCUGCAGAAUUUUCGAGCAUCUCGCUCAGGAUGCACCGUUCCCUUUAAGUUGGCAGCUAUUUCUUGAAAAAAAUCCAAGUAACAGUCUCCGUACAUUUUGCCUUACCGCUUAUUUUUUUAAAUUUUUAUCUCAAUGCAGGAAGUGAAUAUACCGUC